GAGAGAGACAGACAGACAGACAGAAAGAAGGAAAAAGGAUAGUGAAAGAGAGAAGGGGAGGGGAAAGAAGGGAAGGGAAGUUAAGAGUAGAGAAAGGAAAGAGAGAGUAUGUACUUCCUGUCCAUUGUGGAGGUGGGGUAUCAUAGCAAUGAUACCAAAUUUGGUUUAUUUGAUGGUUAGUUUUGUGAACUAUUGUUCCUUUUUUAUUCUUUGGAAGGGAAGGGGUUGAGAGGAAAAUUUUGGAAAAAUAGGUGUUAUAAAACCAAAAGAUAAUUAACAACAACAACAAAAAUCAAAAUGAAAAUAUGGUAGGAAGAGAGGUGGGUUUUAGUGAAAGAAUAAAUUUAGUUUUGGAUAUACGGGACAGUAUUUGGACAAAUAUCUCCCACUUAUUUUCUAGCCGCUAACAUUUAAUAUUCAACUGGAGAUGUACAAUUGUCCCCAAAGUCUGAAAUACACUCUCUUCUCACCCCAUCUCUUAAAAUUCCCCUCCUUCCAAGCUCAGCCCAAUACCAGCACCUCUGGGAAAUCUAUCUUGAGCUCUUUAGUUGCUCUUUUACAAACCAGACAUGUUUCUCUAUGUCUUGUCCAAGGAUGCCCUGCGAUUUCAACCCAGGGCUUGACUGAAAAUCCUGGACUAUUUUAGUAGGACCCCACAUUGUCCAGUAUAUAAAAAGGUGGAUUAAGAGGAGAGGGAGCAAGUUUGCGGCCUUGAUUCUUCAAUCUCGGGCAAUAGGAUGAGGCAACAUAGCACACCAUAAACAACACUGAACUUGGAAUCACAAUUUAAAAGCCAUGUCUUUCACAUUCUGCUUUUGUGAUCUUGGACAAUCGGUAAGCUUUCUAGCUGGAGAAGGGACCUCAGAUGCCAUAUAGUGAGAAGUCAAGAGUUCAAGUUGGGUGAUAAACUUCAGAGCUCCAGAGCCCGAGUUCUUUCCACAGUACCAUACAUAUUUAACUCUGUCCUUUUACAAAUGAGGAAACUGAGUCAUAGAGAGGCACAGAAAGAGUCACCCAGGGACUCAUGGCUGAUACUACCUGAGGCAGAAUUUGAACCCAGACCUUCUUGCCUUUAAGUCCUGUAUCUAGCUGGAUUUUAUAGUUGAGGAAACUGAAGCAAACUGACUCUCCUCACAAAGUCCUGAGUUCGAACUGAUUCCAGUUCAGUUAGCUGCUCUAUUCGUAGCUGUGAAGAUGGAGAAGGAGGAGGAAGGAGAGUGGUUCCCAGAAGAUGUGCCAGCUUUGGAAGCAGAGGUUCCAAACCCACCUGAAGGAGGAAGGAGAGAGGGAGCAGAAAAAAGAAAGAGAAAAAAAGGGGGAAGACGGAGGAAAAGUUGAGUUGGAGGGGCAGGGGUCCAGUGGCAGGACCUAUGGGCCACCGAAGCCUGCUGGAAUGCCACUUGGGAGAAGGCGGCGGCGGCGAGGGCGGAGGUGCGGGACGCGAGCCCGCAGCCCUGCCCGGGCGCUUUGUCCUCCCUCUCCCUCUCUCGCCGUCUAUGCUCAUAUUUGGAGUUGGCUGCUCUUGCCCAGGAAUUUCCCGUCAUGCCUCCCGACGCCCUGUCGCCCGCAGCCGGGGAGGGACAGACAGCGGGGAGCCCGGCCAAGGCCACGGCGGCUGCCUGCCUCUGCCCCUCCGCUCUGUCGGUCCGCUCGUCCGCCCGUCCAUGCGCCCGCCGCCGCGCGCCCCGCGCCUCUGCCUCCAGCUCUGCCUCUGCCUGGCCGCGGCGGCUGCCCGACAGCCGGGGUCAUGUAGGGAUAGAAAGAACUGUAAGGUGGUCUUUUCCCAGCAGGAACUGAGGAAGCGACUGACACCCCUCCAGUACCAUGUCACUCAGGAGAAAGGAACUGAGAGUGCCUUUGAAGGAAAAUACACAAGUCACAAAGAUCGUGGAAUGUACAAAUGUAUUGUUUGUGGGACUCCUUUAUUCAACUCAGAAACCAAAUAUGACUCUGGUUCAGGUUGGCCCUCAUUUCAUGAUGUGAUAAGUUCAGAUGCAAUUACAUUCACUGAUGACUUUUCCCAUGGGAUGCAUAGAGUUGAAACAAGCUGCUCUCAGUGUGGUGCUCACCUUGGGCAUGUUUUUGAUGAUGGGCCUCGACCAACUGGCAAAAGAUACUGCAUAAAUUCCGCUUCCUUGUCUUUCUCUCCUGCGGAGAAUGGGAACACCGAAGACAACAGUAUCAACAUCCCAGCCCAAGCUGGCAAAAUGGAGCUGUAGAAUCAAAUUCAAUAUGAAAUAACGAUCUUACCAGUUAGUAAGGGAAAAAAAUCAAAAUUGUCUAUUAUCUUAUUCCGCAUAUGCAUUUAUAUUUUUCAAAUUAGAAGGGUAGUUUGUGCUAUUGAGUUUUUCUUCCUUCUCUUCCUUUUGCUUAAACAGAGAGGCCUUAGCCAGGAGUAUAUUUUGCUAUUGAUUAUAUUCUUAACUAUUUGUAUGUAGAUUUGGAGAAAAGAGAUAGUUUUGAGAAUGCCUUAUCAUUAGAUAUUUGAGUCCCAAGCUGCAAUCCUUUUUAAAAAGUAGAUUUAAAGAAUCUCUCCCUUGAAUAAGAAGGAGCUAGUGAUUUGGCCUCCAGACUCCAAAUUAGAGCAUUUCAGUGUCAAGGCAAUUUGAAGAGAACUGAGGCUGAAUAGUGAGUUCAGACCUGCAAGACAGAUGGCCAUAGAGUAUUUAUAUGGAUCUAUUGAAGAUAAGGAUGGAGUGAUGCCUUUACCCUAUUUGUAGAUUUUGUGGAAAGUUUGAACUAAGGCAGUUUAUUCCCACUAAAAGGGUGUGAAGGUCUAAAGUCUUUCCUUAUGUGAAAUUGCUGCCAGAUCUGAGGGGGUAUGGAGAGUGUUGUGGAAGGGGGAAGUAAACAUUAGCUCACUUUCAGGACUCGAUUUUAUUUUAUUUUCCCCUGAAAACAUUGAAAUGCAAGACCAGUGUACAACUCUGGGCUCCAUUUUGCUCAAGGUUCACACAGAAGAACACCUGCCAUGGUCUUUUUGUAAGUCCUCCUUCCCACACUCAACAUUAGUUGCAACUAAGGCAACAAUUUGGGAAAUUUGAACUGCUUAAAUUUAAAUAAUGGGAAUGGGAAGCUUCAAACCAAAGUAAGGGAAAUGGUGGAAAAACUAAGAGAUACAUUGAAGACUGAAACCAUUGUGUGGUGAACCAUGCUUGGGUAGACAUAACAUGGAACAACACAAGAAGACCCUAAAGAGGGGACAUACCAUACAAGAGGGUGCAAGGCCAUUCUAUAAAUGUGGAAGUGGGAUUUGUGGAUGUUGGGAAUUAGGUGUCUUGGGUUUCAGACCCAUGCUUGCCAUUGAUUUGCUGUGUUAAACAUUUCUUUAUCUGUGCCUGUGUCCCCAUGUGUGAAAUGGGAAUUAAAGCAUUUGUAAAGUACAUUGAAAUCCUCAGGGCAAAAGCACUAUAUUGCUGCAUAAUUGAUAUGAAUAACAAUAAUAUUAGCUAGCAUUUUUGUAGUGCUUUAAGGUUUGCAAAGUGCUGUACAUAUAUUAAUUCAUUUGAUCAUCAUGACAACCCUGGAGGUAGGUGCUAUUAUUGUCCCCAUUUUACAGAUGAGGAAAAUUGAGGCAAAGUAGGAUUAACUGACUUGCCAGGGUCAUACAUCUAAUAAAUGUCUGAGACAAGAUUCGAACUCAGGUCUUCCCUGAUUCCAAAUCCCAUCACUCAAUGCAUUGUACCACUUAACUGCCUCUGAAUAUUAGUGUUAUUAUAUUAUUUCCCUUUUUCAAACCAAAUUUUUUUUCUGGUCCUAAAAGGCUCAGAGGUUUCAGGCUUAGCGAUUUAAAUGAAAAGAAGUAGAGAGUAAAUUCUUUUAGUAGAUUGGCAUGGAAACAGUGGGACUGAGAGCCAAACAUUUUUCUUUUGUUUAACAAUAGGAGCUAAUUUUAUUCUUAGCAAUUUACUAUGUAGUGAGACUGGGGUCAGAUAUUGUUGUUCAUAAGACUGGAGCAGGAAUACAAGAUGGAGUGAUGUCACUUAAUAGUGUAGUGACCUAGAAUGUUUGCUGACCAAUACCAGAUCUAAUUUUUACCAAUUAAUAAUCAAUAAUGCAAUUAAAGCAUGGGACCUGAAUUCUAAAAACCAACUCUUAUUUUAAAUGAAGGAAUAGAGAAAAACUCAUGAAAAUACUAUAUUGCCUCUUGAGAAGUGAGUCAAAAAUAAGGAAAGAAUUCUUUGGAACACUGGAAAAAGAAAAGGAAUAAAACAAAAGAAGAAUUGAGUGUCUAUGUCGAUUGCAUUUGUGUUCUGAGUCCCUGUAUCAGAGAUCCCUAAAAUUCUGCUGCCUUUUUAUUGCAAAAUGGGCCGUAUAGUGUCUUCUCAUCCACCCUCUUACUGUCCUUCUCCUUGCGGUCUAUAAUUCGUAAGAGUCCCUCUUUCCUCUCUGAGGUAUAGCUCAGACUCAGAUAGACCUAUCCAUAGCUGCCUUGCCCUCUAUCCCCAUUUCAGGGAUCUACUAUAUUUAGGCUUCCUUGGAGAUCACUUGUGAGGUUGACUAAAACCUAGGCAGACCCUGAAAAUAUGCCAUAUAUUCAUGAAUUCUUCUCUGUGGAUUCCUAAUCAGGGAGUGGAGUCUCACCUUCCCAGUCACUCCUUUCAUGAUCUAUUGUUCUGAGAGAUCCAGAGAAAGUCCAAGCAUCCAGAUAAUAAGAAGUACCAUAUGGUUUGAAAAUAGCUGCUAAGUUCCUCUUUAGCCUAUAGAAAAACCUGCCUACAUGUUAACUGGAUAUUUACUAUGGAACUUCAGUGGAAAACAGUAAAGAAUAAAGAGGAUCUCUUCUCCCUUGGUUUCUUCAUUGGCAUUCCUUCAUCUUUUGUCUUUGUGAGGCUUAGCAUUUCCUGGGAAUGGGAUUAUUCUCUUCCUUCUUUUUUUUUUUUUCUUCCAGAAAAGCCCAUUUUUCUCUCAAUACAUUUUCCAAUGUCAAUUUUAAGGGAAAAAACCCAAAUCAAUAUCCAUUAAUAAAAAGUUGGGGUGUGUACAUAUAUUUUAAUUCCAUGUUGCUUUUAGGUUUGUAUUAUCAAAUUUCAGAAUAUUGCUGUCUUAUGUUAAAAUAUAUUAUAAAAAUUUCAAUGAGCAAUAAUGUUAGCUGUCACGCACUAGAUUUACUUUUUGCAGGAUAUGGAAUGCAGUGAACUGAGUCAAUAUAGUGAAGCAUAUGUGAUCUAUGGGAAUUACACCAUUUAAAAUAGGAAACUCAUUGUGCUCUCCUUCCAUGCAUUACAACAUGGUGCAGGGCAAGAGAGAUUUUCUUGUCAUGCUGGGCCCUGCUCAUAUUAUGGAGUAAAAACAUUGCUCUGCUUGUGGUCAUAAGGAAAAGACCUUUAGAGAGCAAUGAUAUAAAUACUGCCUUAUGAGAACAUUUCUCUUAACUUUGCACUUCUUUUAUGCUUUAAAAAUCUGAAUCCAAAUGAUGUAGCAGGUUGAGAAUGUAUUUUACAAUAGUCUUCCAUAUUGUUACUUUAUUUGAAAUGUGUUUCUUUAAAUACGAAUAAUGGAUGAAAAGGAUGUAAAAGAGGGAAGGGAUUGCAUCUUCAUCUUUGUAUCUUCCAGCACCUAGGACAGUGCCUUACACUUAGAAGGCACUCAAUAGUUACUUCUUGAAUUGAACUUAAUUGAAUUGUUAAAUCAAAUAUUUUUGCCUUAAGUAGAUUUAUAAUAACAUUUCCCCCCUCUAAACACUACAAACUUUUCAAAAAAUGUUAUAAAAUGUUCAGUGGACAAAGCUUUUCUUAUGCCUAUUGUAUUAUGAAGAGUUAUGCAAUAAAAUCUCUUUGUAAAGAAA